CGCGGAGGAGUUGGGAGCCGGCGCAAAAGUUUCCUCCCAACUCCGGCCUCGCGCGCCGCCGCCGCCGCCCACUCCAGCCCGGGGCCUGGGGCCGGCCCUGCCACCGUCGCCAGGGCCAGGGCCAGGGCCAAGGCCAGCGCAGGGCCAGGCCGGGCCGAGCCUGCAGUUUCACUUUGGCGGCGGUGCAGCAACCGCCGUGGCCGGGCCGGAGCAGCAGCAGGAGGAGCGGGCCACGAACCGUCGCGUCCUGGGCCACCGGCCACCUGGGAGGUAGCCCUUCCAGCUGCCGCCCCCUCCUCGAUUCCCACCCGCCCGCGGCCUCUGCCGGGGUGGAAGGGGCGCCGCGAGUCCCUGGCCCUGAGGGGUCUCCGGGGAGAGGUGCCCGGGUCUCCCGGCCCGCCAGCUCCUGGAGUCCCCCAGAGUCGGGGCUGCACCCGCGGGGCCAGACACCUGUUCGGUCGAACCUGGCGUGGUAGACCAGAGCCAGGAUGAAAGUGACUGUGUGCUUCGGCAGGACGGGCAUCGUGGUGCCCUGCAAAGAGGGCCAGCUGCGCGUCCGGGAGCUCACCCAGCAGGCGCUGCAGCGGUACCUGAAGACCCGGGAAAAGGAUCCUGGUUACUGGGUGAAGAUUCAUCACUUAGAAUACACAGAUGGAGGUAUCCUGGAUCCAGAUGAUGUCUUGGCAGAUGUUGUUGAAGACAAAGAUAAGCUGAUUGCUGUGUUUGACGAACAAGAACCUCUCCACAAGAUUGAGAGCCCCAGCGGAAAUCCUGCAGAUCGGCAGAGCCCAGAUGCUUUUGAGACAGAAGUGGCCGCCCAACUGGCUGCGUUUAAACCAAUUGGUGGGGAAAUUGAAGUAACCCCUUCUGCUCUGAAAUUAGGCACUCCACUGCUGGUGAGGAGAAGCAGUGACCCAGCGCCAGGGCCACCUGCUGAUGCCCAGCCAAGCUCUUCACACCCCAGUGGCCAGAGUCUGAAACCUGUUGUUUCAGAUUCCACGCAGAACUUGGAAGACAGAGAAGUUAUGAAUGGUGUGCAGACAGAACUACUAACAUCGCCAAAAAUUAAGGGUGCACUGAGUGAUAUGACAAGAACGGUGGAGAUUUCUGGGGAAGGAGGCCCCUUGGGAAUACAUGUAGUGCCCUUCUUUUCAUCUCUGAGUGGAAGGAUCCUAGGACUCUUCAUCCGAGGCAUUGAAGAAAACAGCAGGUGCAAACGGGAGGAACUCUUUCAUGAAAAUGAAUGUAUUGUAAAAAUCAACAAUGUGGAUCUGGUAGACAAAACUUUUGCUCAGGCUCAAGAUGUCUUCCGCCAGGCAAUGAAAUCUUCAGAUGUGCUCCUCCACGUGCUUCCACCUCAAAACCGUGAGCAGUAUGAAAAAUCAGUCAUUGGACCUCUUAACAUUUUUGGUAGCAAUAAUGGAGUUUUGAGAACAAAGGCGCCUCCUCCUGUCCAUGGAAAAUCUGGACUAAAGACAGUAAAUCUCACAGGACCAAAUAGUCCUGAAGCAGAUGCCUCACCUUCCCUGCAACAAAACAAGAGUCCCCGAGUACCAAGACUAGGAAGAAAACCUCCAUCUCCCUCACUCUCCCCUCUCAUGGGGUUUGGCAGCAAGAAAAAUGCAAAGAAAAUUAAGAUUGACCUAAAGAAAGGCCCCGAAGGACUUGGUUUCACUGUGGUUACCAGAGACUCUUCCAUACACGGUCCUGGUCCCAUUUUUGUAAAAAACAUUUUGCCAAAAGGAGCAGCAAUAAAAGAUGGCCGGCUACAAUCAGGGGACAGAAUUUUGGAGGUAAAUGGCAGAGAUGUCACUGGACGAACUCAGGAAGAGCUCGUGGCCAUGCUAAGGAGCACCAAACAGGGAGAGAUAGCCUCUCUGGUCAUCGCUCGCCAAGAAGGAAAUUUUCUGCCCCGAGAACUGAAAGGAGAACCCGACUGCUACGCACUCUCCCUAGAGACCAGCGAGCAACUCACCUUUGAGAUUCCCCUGAAUGACUCAGGCUCUGCUGGACUUGGGGUGAGCUUGAAAGGGAACAAAUCCCGAGAGACUGGAACAGAUUUGGGGAUUUUUAUCAAAUCCAUCAUCCACGGAGGCGCUGCUUUUAAGGAUGGUCGUCUACGAACAAAUGACCAGCUGAUUGCAGUCAAUGGGGAGUCUCUUCUGGGAAAGUCCAACCAUGAAGCUAUGGAAACACUUAGACGAUCAAUGUCCAUGGAGGGGAACAUACGAGGGAUGAUCCAGUUGGUGAUUCUGAGGAGAACAGAGAGACCAAUGGAGGAGCCUGCAGAGUGCGGGGCACUUUCUAAGCCAUGCUUUGAGAGCUGUCAGAACACUCUAAGCACCUCCAGGCGAAAUGAUAGUAUAUUGCAUCAGUUUGGCACUUACAGUCCACAAGAAAAACAGAAAGACCUAUUGCUUUCCAAUGACCGAUGGGCAGAGAGUGAAGUACCACCUUCCCCCCCACCACAUGCUGGUCCGGAAUUGGGCCUUGAAGAUUACAGCCACAGCUCUGGGGUAGAUUCAGCAGUAUAUUUUCCAGAUCAGCACAUCAACUUCAGAUCUGUGACACCAGCCAGGCAGCCUGAAUCAAUUAACCUGAAAGCCUCGAAGAGCAUGGACCUUGUGCCAGAUGAAAGCAAAGUUCAUUCAUUGGCUGGACACCAAUCGGAAUCGCCAAGCAAAGAUUUUGGUCCAACUCUGGGCUUGAAAAAGUCCAGUUCCCUGGAGAGCCUGCAGACAGCUGUGGCUGAAGUCAGGAAGAACGAACUCCCCUUUCACAGGCCCCGGCCGCACAUGGUUCGAGGCCGAGGCUGCAAUGAGAGCUUCCGAGCUGCCAUUGACAAAUCUUACGACGGACCUGAAGAAUUAGAAGCUGACGGUCUGUCUGAUAAGAGCUCUCACUCCGGCCAAGGAGCUCUGAAUGGUGAAUCUGCCCCUCAGGGGAACUCUGAGCUAGAGGACGUGGAAAAUAAAGCCAGGAAGGUAAAAAAAGCGAAAGAGAAGGAGAAGAAAAAGGAAAAGGGCAAACUGAAAGUCAAGGAGAAGAAGCGGAAAGAGGAAAAUGAAGACCCAGAAAGGAAAAUAAAGAGGAAGGGAUUUGGCGCCAUGCUGAGAUUUGGAAAGAAGAAAGACGAUAAGGGUGGAAAGACUGACCAGAAAGGCACCCUGAAGCACGGGAACCUGAGAGAAGAAGAGCUGGAGAAAAUGAAAGACGAACGGGAACGGAUUGGAGCAAAACAUCAGGAGCUAAGGGAAAAGCAGGCCAGAGAUCUUGUUGAUUAUGCUACUGGUGCAGCUGGAUCUGCACAUGAUAUGGAAGAUGAUGAAAUGGACCCUAAUUACGCCAGAGUAAACCACUUUCGGGAACCAUGUGCAUCAGCAAAUGUCUUCAGGUCUCCAUCUCCCCCUCGGGCUGGACCCCUCAGUUACCCUCGGGACGGCCGUCCAUUGUCUCCAGAGAGAGACCACUUAGAGAGUCUCUAUGCCAAGGUCAACAAGCCAUAUCAUCCACCAGCUCCAGUUGACAGUGGCCGUCCCUUGGGUGGAAGCACUGACCGCAUCCAGAAGCUGCGGAAGGAGUAUUAUCAGGCUCGGAGGGAAGGCUUCCCUUUAUAUGAAGAUGAAGAUGGAAGAGUAAGACCAUCUGAUUAUGACCUUCACUGGGUGUCUGGAAAAGGUCCAGAUGGGAAUGCACACAACCUUCGCUUUGAGGGGCUGGAGAGACAGUAUGCAUCUUUACCCAGGGGAGGUCCAGCAGACCCUGUGGAUUACCUGACAGCAGCACCCCGAGGGCUCUACAAGGAAAGGGAGCUUCCCUACUACCCAGGGCCUCAUCCUGGGCAUCCUCCCAAAGGGAGCUAUUCGCGCCCCGCAGAUCUGAGGAUGUCAGAUCUCCGCUACCCUCAUUAUUAUGCACCCCCACCCGCCCCCCAGCACAAAGGACCCUUCCGGCAAGAUGUUCCACCAUCUCCUCCUCAGCACCAAAGAGUGUCAGCCUAUCAGGAAAUGGGCAGAGCAGGGCCCAGAGGGGGAAGCCCCGACCAGUACCCCUACCGAACCCAGGAUCCCAGGCAGAAGAACCCCAUGACUGCAGCUGUAUAGCUGAUGCCACUGAAAUGAGCAGCCCAUCCGGGAGGACCUGGCCUCUGCCCUUCCUAGACCUGUGGCCUUCUUCCUGUUUGAAUCCUCCGUGGUACAGAUUAGUGUUUUCUCAUCAAGUCUGUAACACUCACUGCUAAUCAGAGGGAUAAGGAAUUUCAGGGUAGGGGUGGAUUCAGAAGGAAGAGGAAGGAUGGGGUCAAGAAAACAAUACUUCCUAAUACUUGAAAGGCUUUAGAAUUGGUCAGUUCAGAGAAAGUGGCAACUGGAUAAGCAACUGGUGAUGGAGACUUGACUACAUGGUGGCCCUCUGGCUGGAUAGCCCAGCCAGUGUGCAAACCCCCACCCCAGAGAAUUGGCAGUACAGAGCCCGACUCUGCCAGGCAGCACUACCCAUGCAGAGGCUGGGCCUCAGACCCUUUAUUGGAACUGUGGUGCCUGCAGAGAGGCAGCGUAGAGGCUACAGACGUGGGCAUCUCACUAAGUACAGUUUUUUCAUCCAGAAAAAAAAAUCAGCAAACAUAUAGUGACCUUCUUGAAAUUUUUUAUACCCAGAGGAAGACUACAUUUCUUAUCAUCUUUCUCAGGUCCCUGAUAUCACUCACUUAAUGUAAACAUUUCCCAUGCUUCCUUGCUGUUGAUAUAAAAGUCGGCAAAAUGUGAAUGCAGUGUUAGCGUCCUGGGAGAAUGUGCAAAGCUAGUCAGAGUUCCCAAAGGAAUAUAUUCCAAGGACCAGUGACCAGGUGAUGAGCACUGAUACUCCCAGGUCCCCACCUUCCUGCCUCCCACAUCCCAGGCACGGUAGCUUGGAGGUAACUGGUUUCAGAAUCAUCCCCAAAUCUCCCAGCUAUAAAUAUUUUAACUGGGGCCUCACUGGAGGGCUAAACCUGCUGGUUAGGUCACAUGGGAAACGAUGCCCUAGGGUGCCAAUUCCAGAGUCAGUGCCAAACAGUACCCAUCUGCCCUCGAGGACAGGGAGGAGCUGACCAUGACCUUUGGAAAUGGACCACCAGCAGGUAGUCAGUGUACAUGAACGAUUGCAUAUGUCUCUGUGUGUGUUCAAACACCUGUGAUUACCAAUCUGGAGAAUGGAAGAUAAAAAUGCUUUCUGGAAAGGUUGAUGAAUAAGACGGGGGAGGAGGAAAGGCAUAAGAUUAGAUCAAUCUGUGUCUUCUUUAUUUCAUUUACAAAAGUCAGAGUGUGGACAAGGCCUCCGCUGAGACAGGAGGGUCUUAUGGCUUUGAAAAGCUGAAACCCCGCCCACUAAGAUCCUCAAGUAGAACAAACCCAUCCCAGCUUCUUUUGAGCUUCACAGCUAUUUUACAUUUCUGGUUCCUACAAAAACAGAGCAUCUAAAACUUACAAUCUGACUCAAAUGAGAACCCAAGCAAAAAGAUUGAGAAACAGCGAUACCAGGAAGUAGCAGUUUGAAUGGCACAGUGACAUCAAAAUACUUUAAGCCUUUUCACAUUUCUUCUUCAUUCCUUCCCCAAAAAGUGUCUUGAGUUCAAUUUAGAACUAUUUUGGCUGAGAGUAGGAAACCUCCAACUGAGAGGAUUUAAUAAAUUAUAGUAUUACUGAAUACAUAGAGUAUCCAUCUAUCCCAGCUUAGUCUUAUUUUUUUAAUUUAAAAUAGAAUUUUGUUACCAGGAAUAAGACAACUGCUGCUUUGAGACCUAAGGAGUGUUAUUUACUGGACUUGGAGAACUAGCAUUUUCCAAACCACAAUUACCAUGGCCUUCUAAAGAACAGACUGUCAAGUUGCUUUUUGUCCCCUGUCAUCUGUCUCAAGGCAGAUACCCUUAAAUUGUCUCCAAUUUGUUCAAAGAGGUUGGGACUGCCUGGCCUUGCUCACCUAAAGGUGGGGUGCAGUGAAUGCACGGUGCUGAAUGUUACCUUUCUUUCCCUGAAGCUAAGUCAAAUUUAAACACAAGAACAAUAAGACAAGGGAAAUGCCACUUGUUUUGGAACAUUAAAAAUCAACUCUUUGGGAUGUUCCCUGUUUUAAUCAAAUAUAUAUAGACUACCGGACAUAGCAACCCCAAAAGUCUUCUUUUGGUUAAGCCGCAGAGCAGCUGGUGGUACAAGGUGAGCCCUCUGUGUCUUGGAGAAGUGGCCCCUGCAGUCAGAGUACCCUGUUUUCAGCCCAAUGUUGCCACCUUGGGCACACAAAUCCUCCUGCACACAGGAGCUCCAAAGCGUGGCUUUGUCUUGUACACAGUCAAUAAAAUAGCUGAUAAUCCUGAGGGGCAAUCAGUGAUGUGAAGGUACUAUUAAAGUGAACAAAAAAACCUAGAUUAUAACAGUUAUCUUUUCUUGCUUGAUGUAUAACAUACGCUCCAUUUGAUCCUGCCCUAAAGAAACUAACAUUAUAUCUGUGACAGAGGCUCCAUCAAGCCAAGCAACAAUUAAGAACCACUCAAAUGUAAGCUUCAUAAAUGCCUGUCUACUGCCCCUCCAGUCACACCUCCCAGAGGUUACAGGACUCUUCCCAGAGUUCAGGAGAACAAGUUGUUCAGAGUACUUAGAAGUCCAGGCUCUAAUCAGCAGGUGCCCAGGAGCAGCAAAUAGCUCUCCAUGUAUUUAUGGCCUUGGGAAAACUCAAUCAGUUGUCCCCUUGUGGCGCAGAACUUUAAUAGCCCCUGUGGGAUAGAGUGGCAUUCCAACCUACACACCUGUCAGCAUACACCCACAUGACUGUGGAUCUGACUGCUGGGUUGUUGAGGUCUCAGAAUCAUGUUUGGCUUUAAGUCAUGAGAUAUUUUAAGGAGUCCUAUAUUUCUCCCUUUUUUGCCAGACUAGAAAGGUGAAAGAGAGAAGACCUUUGAAAACCUUCAGGAGGAUUUGGUCUUCCACAAGAGAAACAAGAUAUUUUGUUCCAUCAUGCCAGUGGGCUGUGGCACUAUCCCUCUUGGUUUAAAUUGUUUCCUUACAAUAUCAAACUAGUGGAUGAGAGGCAAGCUCAAAAAGGGAACAUUGUCUUAAAUCAUGAUUUAGUACCAAACAAAAAUGGGAAAAUGUUAUUCUGAGGCUCAUUAUUCUUGGGUACAUAUGUAUUGUUCACACAGAAUAGCAUGGAGCAAAAUCUUAAAAGGUCUUAUAAUCAAGAGCCCAGUAGAGAUCCAUAGGCCUACUGUCACCGUGGAAGAAGCCCCAUGCAUACUUCCUGAUAAAGGAGAUUUGAAACUUCACUAUUUUUGCUACCAAAUAAAUAAAAUUAAAACCCGACCCAUUAUCUCUUCUAAAGAGUCAUGUAAAUCCUUAAUCGAAUCUACCUUCUGAAGGAAAUCCACCUGAUAAUUCAGAAGGACAGGGAAGCUGUCUUCUUUUUUCCCCUGAUAUGUAUAGAGAUCAAACCUAGAAAGGGUGCUGAUUUCCCCUAACCUGUAACCAGAGCAUUCAUUUUCUUUGGAGGAACCUCAUAGUGUUUCAGGAGAGUAGAGAGAUCUGGAGAGUUUGGUAUUUAAAGAAAUUCAAGUCUGCAGCGUUCCUGUUGGUAUUAAACUCUGAGACCCACAAUGAAUGCCCUUCAUACUGGUUCAGUUGGGUAGACACCCAACUGCUCACUGAGUCCAUGAGCAACAGAAAGUCCUGAUUUCAUGCAAUUAGGCAGGAGAAAGCUGGAUUCAGAAACAGCCACAGUAGUAUUUCUCUGCACUCUCAGUUCUUGCUGACUUAAGUUGAAACUGUGCCACCAUCAGAGCAGAAAGGGAGUCUCCCUAAGAUAUCCCUACAAAGUCACCUUUCUGAUAAAAAGGAGAAAAAAAGAUAUCUAAAAUAAGCCCAGGAUCUCACAUGCAGCUACGACUUCUAAGUGAAGUUCUUUCUCCUUCAUGUCCUUAAACAGUAAUAGAAUUACACACAAUCUGACUUUUAAAGGUGGGCUUGGCUACUGAGCUCAGAAUAGGAAGUGAACCAACCCUCAAAGACUCUUCUAGCCUGUCUCCUAACUCGGCUCUUCAGAAACUGCUCAGUUCCAUCUGCAGCGCUGUUUACUACCAGGACAUAAAACAAAACCUGUUGUUUAUACCAUCACUUUUUCUAGUGUUUCCUGUGCUUUUAUGAUACCAAGUCUGUUCAUACAUUUAAAUUAUGUGAAAUCAUAUUUUGGCAUAUGGGGGUGAAGAGUGAAUUCUUGACAAACUUUUUAAGAUUAUCUCAUUUGUACCACAGAAAAACAUUUUGGAUGUUGUUAUAUAUGAGUAUAUAAAUUUUUCUUGUUUUAUUUUGCAUUAAAAAUAAAGCUUUAUUCAGUCA